GAUUAAAAAGACACUUUGUUUCAUUUGGAUAUAGAUGAUUGAUCUAAAGUAAGGUUUGUUUUUGCACGCUGACAUAGAAAAAAUGAAUAAGAAGUAAAUUAAUGUUUAGAAAAGUGGCUUUGCAUUUGAGUGGAGUAAGGGAAUGAUAGGUUGCAGGUUUCUCUUCAGAGUCGAUCGAGUUCUCAGGCUCACCAACGCACAUGUUUCAUCAAACCCUAAAUCACACUUUCAGGGACAUAGAACUUAUUAUAGCUUAAGCUGUGAUUUUAUAAUGGGUAGUAGGAAAAAGAAAGUUUGUAUUCAUGACAAUAGCAAUCAGCAGAAAACCAUGAAAUCUAUCUGGAGACCUAUUGCCAAUAAUGCUAGUUCUUGUGAAGUUGAGUCGGUAGAUGGAGUUCAAGAAGUGGGUUGUGGCACAUCUAGCGCUAUCUCAAAUGAGCAUCUCCUGAACAAGGUAGCUGCCAAUGAAAAUACAGAAUCAGGUACUGGUUCCGACCAAUUGCAGGGUAAUGUUGAAAACAAAGUGCUAGAAGAAGGUUUAUCUCUCUCCACUGAAAAGCAUUCAAUUUCUGUAAAGGUUGGUGCUUCUCUAUUUCGUUUUAUUAAAGGAAAAGGGGGAUACACACAAAAGAAGAUAGAAGAGGAAACAAAGGUUAAGAUAAUAUUUCCUUCUUCAAAAGAAGAUGAGUUUGUUACCAUUGAAGGCAUUUCAAUAGGUAGUGUGACUUCAGCUUCAGAAAAGAUUCAGGCUAUAAUUGAUGAGACAGUUAGGAGUCGAAAUCUUGAUUAUUCCCACUUCAUAUCCCUUCCACUGGCCAUCCAUCCCGAGUUAGUUUCUAAACUAAUCAAUUUUCAAAACACUAUUUUGGGAAAUGACGAUUCUUGCAUAAAUGAGAAUGUUGAUGCUGACUCCAAUGAGGGUGAGGAUACUACUGAUAACAAAGAAGGGGAUCAACUGUCAAAAGAAAUUGCCGAUGUUGCAGUUGAACUUAAAGUUGCUGAUGACAGUAAAUCAGUUAAAGUUAAUCAUACUAGCAUACCACUAGUCAGUUACGCACCCAAAGCAUCCAAGGCUUCCCCUUCAUCUGACUUGGGGAUUGACAAAUCUAUAUUCAUUAAGCCCAAGACAUUUCACCUUACAGUACUAAUGCUUAAGCUGUGGAAUAAAGACAGAGUUAAGACAGCAACAGAGGUCUUGCAGAGUAUUUCCUCAAAAGUUAUGGAAGCAUUGGAUAAUCGUCCUGUGUCAAUUGGAUUAAAGGGACUGGAAUGCAUGAAAGGUUCAAUGGCCAAAGCUCGUGUCUUGUAUGCUCCGGUGGAAGAAAUUGGCAGCGAGGGUCGUCUUUUACGUGCCUGUCAAGUCAUAACUGAUGCAUAUAUUGAAGCUGGACUAGUCUUGGAGAAUGACGCCAAACAAACACUGAAGAUGCACGCCACUGUGAUGAAUUCAAGGCAUAGGAAAAGGACAAAGUGGAAGAGAAAUAAUGUUGACUCUUUCGAUGCACGGGGCAUAUUCGAGAAGUAUGGAACAGAGGACUGGGGGCAGUAUCUUAUUCGUGAAGCUCAUCUUUCGAAGAGAUUUUCAUUUGAUGAAAAGGGAUACUAUCAUUGCUGUGCUUCGAUACCUUUUCCUGAAAGUAUGCACAGGUAGAGUGAUUGAUAUCUUGCUCAUUAUUGCCUCCAUUUCUCCUCUGUGGAAUAAGGAAUUACAGGAGUUGCUUCUCAGAAUCUUUCUUGUCUAAAAGCUAGUGUAAAUGCUUGUCGACGCCAACUUGGAUGGCAUAACUAGAAAAAAGUGGUGCAUGGGAUUUUGGUCGAUAUUCUGUGUAUAAUGCUUUGCUUGACAUUUGACAUGGUUUCUUGUAGAGCUCGGCCCGACUUGCCAAUUGUUGUCCAUGCCUGUCUAUUUUUUUCUUCAUAAAUGUGGUUAACUAGUUAUUCUAAUGUGUGAAAUGUCAAAUGUUAUUUUUCAUCGAA